ACGGCCGUACCGUUCGUGGAGGACUGGGACCUGGUGCAGACCUUGGGGGAAGGCGCCUACGGGGAGGUACAGUUGGCCGUCAACCGCCGCACCGAGGAAGCCGUGGCUGUAAAAAUCGUCGACAUGAAGCGUGCGGCUGACUGCCCAGAGAACAUCAAGAAGGAGAUUUGCAUCAACAAGAUGCUGAGCCACGAAAACGUUGUCAAAUUUUAUGGCCACCGUCGGGAAGGUGCCACACAGUAUCUGUUCCUGGAGUACUGCAGCGGUGGGGAGCUCUUCGACCGCAUCGAGCCAGAUGUGGGGAUGCCGGAGCCAGAGGCGCAGCGUUUCUUCCAGCAGCUGAUCGCCGGUGUGGUCUAUCUGCACAGUAUGGGCAUCACCCACCGUGACCUUAAGCCGGAGAAUCUGCUGCUGGAUGAGCGAGAUAACCUGAAAAUCUCAGAUUUUGGCUUGGCCACUGUCUUCAGGCACAACGGGCGCGAGCGGCUGCUCAACAAGAUGUGCGGCACCCUGCCCUACGUGGCCCCCGAGCUGCUGCGGCGCCCCGAGUUCAGGGCUGAGCCCGUCGACGUCUGGGCUUGCGGCGUGGUGCUGACAGCAAUGCUGGCUGGAGAGCUACCCUGGGACCAGCCCAGCGAUAGCUGCCAGGAGUACAGUGACUGGAAGGAGAGGAAAACCUACCUGCCCCCCUGGAAGAAGAUCGAUUCGGCACCCUUAGCUCUGCUGCACAAGAUCCUGACGGAGAGCCCCACGGCCAGGAUCACCAUCCCCGACAUCAAGAAGGACAGGUGGUACAGCAAACCCCUCAAGAAGGGCACCAAGCGUCCGCGCGUCUCCUCGGGCGGCGGCACCGACUCCCCCGGCGGCUUCUCCAAGCACAUCCGCUCCGACAUGGACUUCUCCCCGCUGAAGGGCACGCUGGGCGAGGAGCGGGCCGGUUACUCCACCUCCCAGCCAGAGCCUGGCACGGGCGGGACGCUCUGGGACUGCGGGACGAGCAGCAUCGACAAACUGGUGCAGGGCAUCAGCUUCUCGCAGCCCGCCUGCCCCGAGCACAUGCUGGUUAACAGCCAGCUCCUCGGCACCCCCGGCUCCUCCCAGAGCCCGUGGCAGCGGCUGGUGAAGCGGAUGACGCGUUUCUUCACCAAACUGGACGCCGACGGCUCUUACCGCACCCUGAGAGAGGUUUGUGAGAAGAUGGGCUACGGCUGGAAGAAAAGCUGCACGAACCAGGUCACCAUCUCGACCACGGACAGGAGGAACAACAAGCUCAUCUUCAAGGUGAACCUGGUGGAGAUGGAGAACAAGAUCUUGGUGGAUUUCCGCCUCUCCAAGGGCGACGGGCUGGAGUUCAAGAGGCAUUUCCUGAAAAUCAAGGGCAAGCUCAGCGACAUCGUCAGCACCCAGAAGGUCUGGCUGCCUGCCACCUGAACCCCCUGCACCCUCCCUGCCUCCUUCCUCUCCCCCCACCUCCUCCUCCUCCUCCUGCAGCAUCCCCCAACGCCCUGGACAUGACU